AUGGGCGUCCUGUUGUUCGAUAGGCUGCGCUCUCUCGCACGGUGUGCGUCUCCGCCUGUCUCUGAGAAGGACUACGUGCCUUACAACGCCGCCGCGCGGCUUGCUGCGGACGCCGAGGUGCUUGUUGUGAGUUCGCCACCUUCUCUGGAGCCUUCUGAAGGGCCGCCCGCCACGUCUUCGUCCCGCGCGCUGUGGCUCACGCCAGCCGCGCCGGUGCUUGAUGGGAAGUACGUUGGAAUUUUCUUCGGCGCAGCGUGGUGCCCUUCAUGCAAAACUUUCAUGUCGGCUCUCAUCCGCUUCUACAACUUUCUGCAACCCACGGGCAUGUUUGAAGUCAUCUACGUGCCGCUAGAUCGAAACAUCCAAGAAUACCGAGGCUUCGUGCAGGCCAUGCCCUGGUACGCGCUGCCCUUCAAGCAUCCAGGCGAGCUCCUGCGGCGAUACAAGGUUCGCUCGCUGCCGUCGCUCGUCCUCGUGACGCCUGACGACGCUGUGCUUACAGGAGACGCAGUCGAACUGAUCAAGGAGAGCGGCUCCACGGAGAAAUUCGCACAGAUCUUCCAAAGAUUCAGUGGCCCUGUCUCGCUCGGCAACAGAUUCCGCACGCUGUUUGGCUAG